AUGACUAACUGGUACAUGGGUAGACUAAAUUUACUUUUUGAAUACGCAUUCGAUGAAAUAACACGUUUCUACGCAGCACUUGAAGUCAUAAAGGCUUAUUCGGCUGCUUCGUGGAAUUCUGGUAUUAUUACUCCAGUAGGAAAGUGUACAAUCAUAGACGGAUGGCUACCCGCUACCGGUAAAUGGAAUGAAGGAGGUAUAUUUAAGGGUUCAGAUUCCAAUUUUUAUUUCCACAAUGUCGAUCCUCAUCUUUCGCAGAUAGACGCAACGAAUCAGGGAAUUAUAGGUUUUAGAUCUGAAUUUUUAUUACUCAAUUGA